UUUCUUCUUCGCCAUCAUUUCGCUUGGCAGUUGCCGGAGACGAAAAAGAAAGGGGGAGAUUUUUUGCUUGUCCGUACAAAAAGAUGUCUACUUCCGACGACUCAUUUGCUCAACUUGUCGACGACUCACUCGACCCGGUCCUUACUGGCGACUCUGCUCCUCCGUACGAACAUGAUGAUAAUGGCUUUGUAGGCUACAACUGGAAGCGGAUUGUCUCCUUCCCCGAAACUCAGCCUUUUACUGAGGUUGACUCGGGAAAGGACGAAGCUGACGAUGUGUUCGUCUCUCAGCCACCGAUCUAUGGGGACUACUCGAAUGGAACGGGAUUCGAUGGCGAUGGCCCAAUUUUGCCGCCUCCGAUGGAAAUGGAGCCGGAAGAGUGGUUUGCUCUCAGGGAAUGGAGAAGGCAGAAUGCUAUCCAACUGGCAGAAAAGGAGAAGAGAGAGAAAGAGUUGUUGAGUAAGAUAAUUGAGGAAGCAGAUCGGUAUAAGGUUGAGUUCCUUAGGAAGAUAGAGAUCACCUGUGAACAUAACAAAGCCACCAACAGAGAGAAGGAGAAGCUCUUUGUUGCCAACCUGGAAAAGUUCCACGCCGAGGCUGAUAAAAAUUAUUGGAAGGCAAUUGCAGAGCUCAUUCCAAACGAGGUCCCUACCAUCGACAAAAGAGGAAAGAAAGAUCAGGAGAAGAAGCCUUCAGUCGUCAUUCUUCAGGGUCCAAAGCCGGGAAAACCUACUGAUCUUGCAAGGAUGCGUCAGAUACUCCUAAAACUGAAGCACAACGCCCCUCCACACCUGAAGCUUUCUCCACUACCUGCACCAGACACUGGAAAGGAUGCAAAAACUGAUUCACCUCCUAAAGUCACCACCAUGACCACCGCUCUAGAGGCUGUUGUUGCUGCUUAAUGUUUCUUCUGAUAUUUCCUGGCUUCUAUAAAGAGUGAUUUGUCAAUGAUGCCGAACUCUGCAAACUCUAUUAUUGAGAAACUCGUAUACCAGCAAUCUUUUUUUUUUUUCUCUGUAAAUUCUUUGACAGGAGCUUCAGGGCCAGAACCCUGUUAUUUAUCUAGAAUUUUAUUCUUAAAGAGGAUUAAUUCGGUUUUCAUA